AUGAUGGCCAAACAACUACCUACCAUGGCGGAUAUAGCAUCACUUGCACGAGCGGGUAUAGUAGCAGCAACCACUAAGAAGAUCACCUGCGACAUUGUAACACCUGGAUUAACCUGUAGUGGCACGUUGAAGCUCACGUCCAGCGCCUUCUCUGUGACCGUGAAUAUGGACGACUUGCAGGUCGAGGGGGAUUCCAAGUACAUGGCAUAUAUUGAUAGUAUUGGCGGCACCUGGCCCUACAACCUUGUGGAGGCGGUCUAUCCACGCCGCCACAUGCUACGCACCACAGCGGUGGAGAUAUUCCUGACCAAUCAGAAGCCGCUAAUGUUCGUCUUCUCCAAUAGCGAUGAUUUGGCCACAGUCAUUCGUGCCUUGCCUGCCAGUUGGUUGGGUAUUGGUCGCAAGGGCUUUCUGGGCUUGCGCUCGGAUUUGCGGUCGGCGCCGGAGAUAUUUGCCAUUGCGGAUAUAACUAAAAGGUGGCAACAACGGCAGAUGACCAACUUCGAGUAUCUCAUGCGCAUCAACACAUUGUCUGGGCGUACGUACAACGAUCUCAACCAGUAUCCAGUGUUUCCCUGGGUACUUAGUAAUUAUACCUCAGAGAUACUCGACCUGAGCGACCCAGCCAACUAUCGGGACCUUUCUAAGCCUGUGGGCGCACUCAACGAAACACGCCUCAAGAGCUUUGUGGAGAGGUGCGAUUGCGGCUGUUGGUGUAUACCUGUAUUUACGUAG